UUUGCCAUGAACAAUAAACAGUUUAGCGCGCAAUCAACCACUAUUUCCUCAAUCGUUUUCAAUCCACUCUUGGUGCACGAGUUGCAGAACAGCACAGCCCAUUGGAAUAUUAUUUUUGGAUUUCAUCAUUUCGAAAAUGAAAUUAUCGAAAAAGCUCUCUCUGCCAAGUAACCGGAAAAGGGAAAAUCGGAAAGUUGGUUUUAAAAGGGUUUCGUUCGAAUGGAAAAGGUCAAGGCAACAUAUUAAUGGUAAUUGGAAAAAAGAGCGGAAGGGUCUCGGAACAAUAAACGCAUUUCGACGAGGUACCCGAGCCGAUUAUAUUUAUAACGGUAGUUUUCAUGAGGCUGUGCGUCCAGUAUUGGUAAUGGCUGAAAUAUUCUCCGUAAUGCCAGUGAUGAAUGUGACGGCAAAAAGUCCCACAGAUCUUUACUAUUCGUGGACAAGUAUUCGGAAUUUCUACAGCAUCACCGUUAUGCUGCUAACAUUUGCCUUUACUGUGCCGAUAGUAAUGGUGUGUCUUUCGCAACGCUUGCAGUUCGACGCGGUGGUGGGAGUCGUUUUCUACGUAUCGAAUUGCAUUGCGCGCGUAUUUUUCAUGUCACUCGCAAUGAAAUGGCCAGAGUUGAUGCAACAGUGGCAGAAAAUAGAACAGAAAAUCCCUAUUUUCGAAAGUCAAAGAGACAAAUCGGUGCUGGCGUACAAAAUUAAAAUGAUAUCCCUGGUGGUAAUGCUACUCUCUAUGUCUGAACAUCUUUUGAGUAUAAUUUCCACAGCAUUUUAUUCGAUUAAGUGCACUAAGGAGAAAACGAAUGCCUCCGAGGAUUAUUUUCGCAUUGAACUAAACGAGUUGUUUGCUUACUUAGAGUAUUCACCAUUCUUGGCAGUCUUCGGUAAAAUUUUGAAUCUUUUGUCGACAUUUUUGUGGACGUACAUGGACUUAUUUAUAAUGGUGGUCAGUGUUGGCUUGUCAACUCAAUUCCGAAAAAUUAACAGACAUUUGAUGAAGUAUAAGGGGCAAGCAAUGCCCGAAAACUAUUGGAUUGAAAUUCGCUCCAGCUACCGCAACAUGUGCAAACUUUGCGAAACAGUUGACGAAGCUAUCGGUGGAAUAACAAUCGUUUCGUUUGCCAACAACUUAUUUUUCGUCUGCGUUCAACUGAUGAAGAGUUUGAACCCCAUGCCAUCGUUUGCUCAUUCCGUAUACUUUUGGUUUUCAUUGACAUUUUUAAUUACACGAACUUGUGCUGUUUCAUUGUACACAGCCGAUGUGAAUAACGAGUCGAAAAAACCGAUUCGUGCUCUUCGAUCAUGUCCAGCUGAGUCCUGGUGCACAGAAGUCAAGAGAUUCUACUAUGAGGUUACCAAGGAUGUUGUAGCCCUGUCUGGUAUAAGAUUUUUUUACUUGACAAGAGGUUUACUGUUGAGUAUCGCUGGCACAAUAAUAACGUAUGAACUAGUGUUGAUUCAAUUUCAUAAAAUUGAUUAUGAACGACCAUCUGGAUCGUGUGCAAUAAUAUUUUACUCGGUCUGUCUAUUCAGUGAUCUGUUUUUCAUACGAAUCGCCAUUCAUUGGCCGUCUCUCAUCCAGCUUUGGAGACGAAAUGAGGACGUGUUUCUGAAGCUUCCUUACAGGCGAUGGAAACUAUCCUUGUCGUUGGAAUUGAGAGCUCUAACUUUAACUGUAAUGGCAGUAGCGAUGCUUGAACACAUCCUGUACAUGUCAUCGGUCUUGUAUAACAACAGCAAGCAAAUAGAUGAAUGCCAUCUGAACAUAAGCUUUUUCAAAAAUUUGUACUUUCGAGAAAAGAAACAUUUGGCGAUGGCAAUUCCAUACAAUGGCAUCGCAGCCAUAUUUUUUUUCAUAAACAAUGUUGGAAUGACAUUGCGGUGGUCGUUUAUGGACGUGUUCAUCAUGGCCCUGAGCAUUGGAAUCGCCCGUCGAUAUAAGCAGAUCAAUGAAAGAUUGGAAACUGCUAGGGGAAAAUUGAUGCCCGAAUCAUUUUGGAUCGAAAUUCGCACUCAUUUCUUAGCUAUGACCGAACUCCUGCAACUUAUUGAUGAAGAAGUGUCACUAUUAACCCUUAUAUCAUGCGCCAACAAUUUGUACUUCAUUUGCUUCCAAUUGUUCAACAGCUUUACUCACAUUCCUCUACUUAUCAAUAAAGUUUACUUUUGGGCGGCAUUGAUAUUCAUCACCCUACGAACUCUUGUAAUGCUGUUCUGUGCAAGUUCAAUCAAUGAUGCAUCGAAGAAGCCCCUACGAGUAUUACGCUGCGUACCAUCGGUCGCUUGGAGCCUUGAAGUUCAACGUUUCACAGAUCAAUUGAAUAACGAAGUUGUUGCGCUCUCCGGAAAGCGAUUUUUCUUUAUAACAAGAAAGUUAAUCUUGGCUAUUGCUGGGACAGUCGCUACCUAUGAAUUAGUUCUUUUGGAUACGAUCAAAGACGGAACAAAAGAACCGAAUUUAUGUGAUUUGAGAAGCAUUACCGAUAUAAUUUCUGGUGGAGACAAUUACUACUUUGUGUACGAUGGAAGCUUUCAUGAAGCGAUCGGAUCAGUUCUUGUGUUGGCCCAAUUUUUCGCCAUUAUGCCGGUUCAAGGAAUCAAGGGAAAAUCUGCCAAAGAUCUCCGUUUUAUCUGGAAAAGCUUUCGAACCUCCUACAGCUUCUUCGUGUUUGUGAUGAUUUGUUUAAAUGCAGUGUGUGCGUCAUUUUGGUUGAUGAACGAACGUAUUACAUUUAUACGAAUCGUGCCACUAGUGUUCUAUGUUUCGAAUGCCUAUGCCAUGAUAUGUUUUACAAAAAUGGCCAUUAAUUGGCCCGAAUUAAUGCAAUCAUGGGAAAAUGUGGAGAAAAAUAUUCUAAUGCUAACCAAACCAAUUGCCGACAAUGGAAAAUUGGCCAACAAAAUCAGAAUAAUAUCAACCGUCGUACUAAUUACGUCUCUCUGUGAACAUUUGAUGAGCAUUGCCUCAGAAUUGACCAAACAGGACACUUGUCGCUCCAUUAAUGAUCCAUUGAAACGAUUGAUUGUUGGUCAAUUGCCGCACGUUUUUGCCUGCAUCAAAUAUGAUAUCUUUAAAGGACUGUGCGCCAAAACGGUCAAUUUAUUGGCGACUUUUAUGUGGAGCUACACCGAUUUAUUUGUGAUGAUAUUGAGCGUUGGAUUGUCGUCUUUGUUUAAGCGAAUCAAUGAAAGCUUGAUUGCCAAUAAGGAAAUGACAGAAAAUUUAUGGACACAACACCGGCAAGCUUACCGAAAAUUGUGCACUUUAUGCGAACUUGUUGACAAUAAUAUUUCGAAAAUUACACUGGUUUCAUUUUCCAAUAACCUGUACUUCAUAUGUGUACAAUUGCUGUGGAGUUUGAAUCCAAUGCCAAACAUCACCGUUGCACUGUAUUUCUGGUUCUCCUUCGUCUUUUUGGUCAGUCGAACACUCGCCGUCACCUUGUACAGUGCCGAAAUAAAUGAUCAGUCCAAGGAACCACUAAAAGUUAUCCGUAAUGUACCUCGAGAGGCAUGGUGUCUGGAAAUAAAACGAUUUUCCAAUGAAAUUACCAGGGACACAGUGGCAUUGUCGGGCAUGAAAUUCUUUUUUCUCACUCGAGGUGUUGUAUUGAGUGUUGCAGCUACGAUUGUAACAUAUGAACUGGUGCUGAUACAAUUUCACGAGGAAAAUACCAUGUAUGCAACAAAUCAAUGCUAAACGGAUGCUGUGCAUGUAACGCAGAGAAUUUAUGGCAACAAUAAGCAUAUGUAUUGACUCAAUAUUUCACUUUUUAAUCUUGGUAUACUCAAUAAAUUGUUGGUUUAGCUUC